AUGUCCUUGCGGUGCCGACGCACUUUCUUGGAGGUGGUUGAGCACGUGGAAACGAUCGAAGUCGGUUCUUCGCGUCGACAUUCAUGCAGCGGCCUGGAAGGUUUGCAGCAAGAGCAUCGAUGUCAAGAAGCAGAGGACAAACUGCUGCAGAAGGCAGCUGAUUCCUUCGCUUGGCACUUAGACAUUCCGAUUUCUCGAGGAAGCUACGGUCAUCCGGAGAUGUGCGCAGCUCCAUGCAUCCGUGCUUUCUACUCCAAGUGCACCAACGGCGUCCUCUGCGAGUUUUGCCACUUUGGACAUACCAAAGCCAAAGUGAAGCUCUUCAAAGCGCAACGGCAGCUUUUCGAUUCUCUGGAGGAGGCCACGGUGCUGUCCCUGGUGCUUUCACUACUCAGAGACAAGUGCAAGAAGCUCCCAGCGACACAGCAAGAAGUCAUGAGACUCCUGCUUGCGGCCCUCCAGAAGCGAGUCGUGCAUUUGGGGCAGCCCAUAGUUUCACAAAACACACGAAGGAGUUUGCAAACCCUCAAAAAGUUCUCUAUUGGCCGCUUAUUUGAGGUCGUUGAGCAGAGCCGUCAGGUCGACGCAGCUCUCAAAUCAGAAGUGAGGAGUUUGUUGAUGGGCGCACGUACUAUGGUGCAGAGGCUUCAUGCCUGGGAUCGGAAUCCGUGA